CUCAUACGCCAUGUCUAGUACUUUGGGAAGGAGGGUAUAUUUGCUUUCUCGAAAGUACAUUUAGGUGCUCCGAUCUACAAGACAGCGUUUUGCCUCGCAACAGUAACGUUUGAGGCCAAGAUGAUCGAGGUGGUGGCCUCCAUGGCCCGAGGCCCUGUGUUUCUCGCCGGGGAGCUCAUGGAGUGUCUCAUAACAUUCACCAACCCGAUGUCCCACCUGUCCACCUCUGCCAGCAGUGAGAUGCUGGCAUGGGCCAGUGCUCAGAUCCACUGCCAGUUUCAUGCCAGUGAGAGCAGAGUGGCUCUGCCGACCCAGGGCAACAAACACGAUGUCCAGGCUGAGAGCAACACAGUGCUUAUUCCAAGCAGAGGAGAGCGGGGUCAAUGUGUACUGGACACACCACCUAAAAUAUUAUUCUGUGACCUGCGCCUGGACCCCGGGGAGAGCAAAACCUAUUCAUACAGUGAGAUCGUACCCAUAGAUGGUCCUCCUAGUUACCGUGGUCAGGCGGUGAAGUACGUGUACAAACUGACCAUCGGCUGCCAGAGAGUCAACUCGCCCAUCAAACUGCUCCGAGUUCCCUUCAGAGUGCUGGUUCUACAAGGCAUGCCAGAGCCUCCAUUUCCCCAGGACGAGGAAGUUUGUCCCUCCAACCCUUUCCUGGAGGAAGAGGAAGCGAGCCGCAGGGAUGCUCGACCUUUAGAGAGAGCUCUGGACAUGCUGAUGAUCACCACAUCGAGACGCUGCCUCCAAAUGUUUAAUAUCACCAAUAUGCGUGGGAAAGUGGCAAAGUUCUGCAUCUUCAAGAUGGUUUACAGACUCGGCGAGGACAUCGUUGGCACAUUUAACUUCUCAGAGGGAGAUAUUCCCUGCCUGCAGUAUUCGGUGAGCAUUCAGAGUGAGGAGGAGAUUCAGCAGCAGCACCAGCGGCACCCCGGACAGAUCCUCAGUGUGACAGGACACGGGCGCCACAUGGAGUCGUGCCUGCACACCGCCUCCAGCCACUUCUCUCUGCCCAUCCCGCUCAACGUCACGCCGGGCUUCAGCACCGACAUAGUGAUGUUGAGGUGGCGCCUUCACUUUGAAUUCGUCACCGCCCGGGAGCCUAUGGAGCCGCCCACAGUUCUGCAGAACCAAUCAGAGGUCACCGUAUGGGCAGGGGCGGAGCACGUGGACGUGGACACCUUCAGCUGGGAUCUGCCUAUCAAAGUCUUCCCCACCAACCCGGCCUUGGCAUCCUACAUGUCCCACUUUUCAGGGACCAACAGCAUCACCAUUUGACCGCUGUGUGUGUGACUUUUUGAACGUGAGACAUUCAGGCAUCAAUGGGUGUGUGUGAGAGACACUGUUAGCACAGGCGCACAUUUCAGGAGCAUUAUGUUUUUGUUGAUUCCAUUGUUUAUGCAGAGCCAGUGAUGGAUUCCAUAUGUAUAUUAUGCAACCUAUUUUUUGCCUUGUUUCUUAUGCAUUUUGCAGUGCAUCUUAACCUUCUUUAUUUUUGGACCUAAUGACAUGCAACUGUGUUCGUGGUUGCGGUGUUUUUCUGUAUUUAUUUUAUUUUUGAUCCCUUGAUCGCAUACUAGCUCUUUAUCAUAUUAGGUAACAGCUGUUUCUUAAUCCAAAUGUUUUUCCUGUAUUCCUUUCAGCUUGUGCAAAGGCUGCAUAGAAAUGUAAAUACUACAAGAAAAAAUAAUUAAAAGUGUGAUUUAAAUUUUGAAAGAUUAGUGGGAGGAAGCCAUUUUCUUUUCUUCACAAAAUUCAACAUUCUUUGAUAAAAACCAGAUUUUUAUUAAGAGGGUAAAUGAGUUACAGCAGAGAACAGGUCAACAGGAAUAGUUAUAUAUAUUAAUGUACGCUUAUAUUUGCUUAUAUUUACAAUGAGUCAUUGUUGGAUUAAUAGAAGAAGCAAAAACAUACUGAAAAUAAAGAUCUAAAUAUAGAUGCUUACGUUUUUA